AUGAGCUUGUAUCUGAAGAUCGUGGCGGCCGCCGCCUUGGUGCACCAGACUGCAGCCCAAUUCGUCCCCGCGCCGACCGAUCUGAUCAAGAAACAGGGCCAUGCUGGCAUUGAUGUGCGCUAUAAAGAGGUGCCGGCGGGCAUCUGCGAACAGGAUCCCAAUGUCAAGAGUUAUUCGGGCUAUGCGGACGUCUCGGAGAAUGAGCACAUCUUCUGGUGGUUCUUCGAGACCAGAAAUGGCGAUCCUCAAGAGGCACCCCUCACCAUUUGGAUCAAUGGAGGCCCCGGCUCAUCUUCGAUGAUUGGGCUGUUCCAGGAACUGGGACCUUGCGGAGUCGAUUUGGAUGGGAAGGUGUACAACAACCCUUAUUCCUGGAGCAAUGCAAGCAACAUGCUCUUCAUCGACCAACCUGCUACGACGGGGUUCUCGUACACCAUCCCCAUUCCUGCGUAUGCAGACGCUGACGGCCGAAUUGUGCAACUGCCCAACAACACUUGCCCCGACUACGCUCAACAAUACGACUCAUGUGGCACUUACUCCAAGCCGGAUAUUAGUCUCGUGCCCAAUUCGACCACAGGCGCCGCACCAAAUAUGUGGAAGACCUUGCAGGGGUUCCUGGGAGCCUUCCCCCAGUACGCGAAGGGCGGUCUGAACUUCGCAACUGAGAGUUAUGGAGGUCAUUAUGGCCCCGUCUUCAACGCAUACUUUCUGGACCAGAAUGAAAAGAAGGUCAAUGGGUCAAUCCCCAUCAAGUACCAAGCCUACUACAACUUCUCUGUCUUCCCCGGGAACACCUACGACUACAUCCCGUACAAUGACUCCGUCAAGGCAGAGUGGUACAACAACCUAUACGGGAAAGGAAACUGCGUUGACCAGACGCUUGAAUGCUACGCGACCGGAAGAAGCGAUAUCUGCUCAACUGCCGAUAGCUUCUGCGCCAACAAAGUGGAAAACCUCUAUGACAUCUACUCGGGCCGCGACGACCCCAAGGUCCUCUCCGCGAUCGGCGCGUACCAGAACUUUUCUGAAUCCUCUGGAACUGUUGGCAACAGUUUCUCCAGCACGGGAGAUGAUGAUCGCACAUCGGGUACGAUUGGCGACGUUAAAAGGCUGUUGGAAGCUGGCAUCCAGGUCACCAUGUACUUUGGCGACGCCGACUACAACUGCAACUGGCUUGGCGGACAGGUCGUUGCCGAUGAGAUUGAUGCCCCUGGUUACAAAAAAGCUGGGUUUGUGAACCUGACUACUUCGGAUGGCGUCGUCCAUGGACAGGUCCGACAGAGUGACCUCUAUACUUUCGUCCGGAUCUACGAAUCGGGACAUGAGGUUCCAUUCUACCAGCCUUUAGCGGCUCUAGAGUUCUUUACCAGAGCGAUCUCACGGAAGGAUAUUGCCACGGGAAAGAAAACCACCUCACACCACGGGGGUUACCGGACCGUGGGACCCCCAACAAGUGACUACCGCGAAGGCAACAGCACGAUUGUCUUCAAGGUGCUGAACAGUACCGCCACUUACAACACCACCUUGAAUGGGCCUAACCCUUGA